CGCGAUAACUGCAAUACAGAUAGAAGCCUUAACUAAUUGUUCGAUUAUGUUGGUCCUCGUUUCGCUGUGCUUGCUUGGAAAUCUGCCAAAUUUUUAUUGUUCCGCAGAUCCCGUCACGAGGCCAGUCCAUCGCCAGGACCGCCAGGCGUCGUGUCGCCAGUGCCUCUGACCCCAACCACUCCCGCAUUCCCUCACUUCCGCCCCUUUCCCAUGGCGUCGCAUUCAUCGUCACUCCUAGUUUCCCGCCCGCCACAUGCCGUUUCAUCCUCCCAAUCACCUUUCUUCCCCCCCCGCACACCUCGCUCUGCGCCAAAUCCUCCCCGCUCCGCCUGCGCCAAGCCCGCGCGCCUCACCGUUCCGCGGGUUGGCUGCCGCCUUUCCCCCGCGCGCCCCGCAGCGGCCAACGAGUCAACCAGCGCGGGUUCGCGCUCAGCGAGCCGGAACAGGUGGCAACGACGAGACGUCUCGCGCGCGGGGAUUUUCCGCGGAUGGCGUGCGCCGCCCGCGGAGAGCCCGAUUGGAGCAGAACGGCUCGACAGAAACGCGCCGGAGGGGGCAGGCGGGGUUUCGGCGCAGGGGGAGAUAGACAGAGCGGGAGGGGAAGACGCGGACGGGGAAAAGUCGGAGGCGCGCGGCGAGAUGGGGAGGUCGAUCGCGGACUUCCUGCGGCUGCACGAGGACGAGGCCGCGCAGCGCGUCGAGCUGCAGACCGCCGUGCUCUCGUACCGCCGCCCCGCCCGCUGGUGGAACGCGCUGCGCCCGCCGCUGCAGGUGGAUCUAGUGUCGGUGGUGCACAUUGCCGAUCAAGACUACUACGACGCGUUGCAGGCGGAGCUAGCGACGUACGACCGCGUGCUCUACGAGAUGGUCGCCGACAAGCAGCGCGCCUCCGCCGCUUCCGCCGCCGCUGCUUCGAUUGGCGCUGCUGCGAGGGCCGCUGGCGGCGAUGGUGGUGCUGACGACGCGGAGCGACGGGACAGCCGAUGGCGGCGGUUCGUGGGGCGGAAGGAGAGCGACCGAUGGAUGCCGCCCAAGAGAAACCCCAAGAGGAGGCGGCGCGGCGUGGUGGGGACGAUCCAGAGCGGCAUGUCGGCGAUGCUGCGGCUGUCGUUCCAGCUGGACCGCAUGGACUACCGCCGCCACAACUUCUACCACGCAGACCUCGACCUCGCCACCUUCAUGCAACUGCAGGAGGAGCGAGGCGAGAGCAUGUUUUCCUUCGCGCGCGAGGUCGCGCUGCGCUCCACCAAGGCCAUCGUCCGCGCCACCGCCGCGCGCCCCCUCGCGCCCAACCUCGGCCCGCUGCGCCGCUCGCUCCUGUGGGCGGCGCGGUUCGUGCCGAUGCCACUGGUGGGGCUGCUGGUGAUCGAGGGCGUGUGCGCGCCCGAGGGCCCCGGCAGCAGCAACCUCGUCAAGGGCGCCGAGUUCCAGGCGCUGCUCAAUCUCGACCUGUCGGCUGCGCUCAAAGUGGUGCUGGCCCGACAGAUCACCCUGGACACACUGGACGGUGCAGCGGGGGUGAUGGCGUCGUCGGUGAUAAUCGGCGAGCGCAACAGGGCGUGCAUGCAGCAGGUGCACGAGGCCGUGCGCGUGGGCAGCCGCCGCAUCGCUGUCUUCUACGGCAGCGGCCACCUGCCCGACAUGCACCUAAGGCUCACCUCCGAGCUGGGGCUCGAGCCCUGUGACCUCUCCUGGCGCACUGCCUGGUCCAUCCCCACCCCCUCCUUUGCGCCGCCGGCUGCUGCUGAUACUGCCGGUUCUGCUGCUUCUGCUGCUUUGGAUUCUGCUUCUGCUUCGGUUUCUGCUGCUGCUGGGGAAACAGCCGCUUCCUUGGAUGCGUCCGCCUCGCAACUCAGACUGCCUUUCCUUUCCCGCCCUGCCUCACACCGCCCCUCCUCCAUGCCCACCCCAUCCCCAUCUCUCACCACACCCGCCUUGACCAGCAACACUUCCAACUCAACUACAUUCACCGCACCCUCCUCCCCCUCCUCCCCAUCCACCUCCUCCCGAUCCACCCCUCUCCCCCCUCACCUGGCCCGCCUCUCGGCCAAAGCCUCCUCUAUCCUGGACGGCUCGUUGAAGGGCAUGGCGGAGGCCACGGGGUGGCCCAUGACGCGGCAGCAGACGGCGGCGCUGCUGCUGCUGUCGGUGGUGCUGGCGCUGGACCUGUGCCUGUGGGAGGUGGUGCUGGGCUCACUCAAGGACGGCGCUGUCGUGCUGCUGGCGGGCGUGGGGCAGUUCCUCGAUCAGGGCUGGGGGCUGUGAUGCGGUGGUGGGGUGUGAUGGGAGGUGCAGGGUGUGUUGGAAGGGAUGCUGUGGCAUGUGAUGGUUGCAUGCGUUUGACAUGAUGGCGUUCUAGCGUGCUGUAUCAUGAGCAUGUGAUGAUGUGCUGAAAAUGCUGGUGAGGGUUUUGAGAUCAUCACCGAACUAUGGUGUAUACAAGGCCCCAAGCAGCUGCUUUCCGUCGGCAUCACCAAUUCCUUGUCAGCUGACUGACCUGAUGCAGCUUAGCAGCCGGCAUGCCUGGCGUUGUACAGUCGAGUCAAGUCGAGUCUGCCUAACACCGUGUUAGCAGCGUGCAGUGCACAUGACACGCUGCAUUGGUGCAACGGCUCUUGAAAGAUGGCAAGCUGCUUGAAUCUGUUUCGAUUGUUGUCCCCAAGAUCCUGGCUGCCUCCUGGCUUGUCAUUUGACAUGGCUGCUAGUGUUAAAUGAUAUAUUUUGUUAUAUAAUUGGUAGGCUUGGUAGGUGUUAUUGAAACCUACUGUAGAGGGUACAACCCCCCUCCUUGUAUCCCUCUCUCUUCUAUACUCGACC